AUGGCAUCAAGUCAACAGAAUAAAAACAAGAAGCCAAGUCCUGAGGCUAUAGCUGACGAUGAACGUCAAUAUACAUAUAGCACCAUUAGUAAAGAAGAGCUUAACGACAAAUAUCCAGAUCGUCCUCGUAAUCAUGGAAAAACAUUACCAUUCCACGAAUUAUUUCAAUCUCUCUUCGAUCCUCUUGAAGCCAACAAGAAUAAAAAGCCAGGUCCAGCCGCUGCGCGAAAGAAAUUAGGACCACAUGGACCUAAUACUCUUUCUCCUAAUGAAAUACGAAAGAAUAUCAUCGUCCGAUUUAUGUCGAGAUGGCGCAGCGAAGUGGGCGAUGAUUUCUACCCCGCGUUACGACUUAUCAUUCCCGAAAAAGAUCGCGAUCGAGCUAUGUGCUAUGAGGUUUUGUCGAAACGACCCAUGCGACAGAAGGUUGGAGAUAUGACUAUUGGGGAGGCUAAUGAGAUGCUUGACAAACUUGCUUUGGCGCAAAAGGAGGAACAUCAGUUGCCUAUCUUUCGGGAAUUUUAUCAGAAGAUGAAUGCGGAGGAAUUAGUAUGGUUGAUUCGAAUGAUUCUUCGACAGAUGAAAAUUGGUGCUUCAGAAAAGACUUUUCUUAAUCUCUGGCAUCCAGAUGGAGAGGCGCUUUUUAAUGUUUCUUCUAGUCUCCGUCGAGUCUGUUGGGAACUUACGGAUCCCAAUGUCACCUUAGAAGCUGAUGAGACGGGCGUGGAAUUAAUGUCAUGUUUCCAACCCCAACUCGCACAAUUCAUGUCAAAUUCAUUCGAGAAAAUGGUGGAAAAAAUGUGUGCCCAAAAUCCCCGCGAUAAGGGCAAUGGUUCAGAAUUUUGGAUUGAGGAGAAAUUAGACGGCGAAAGAAUCCAGAUGCACAUGGAAGAGGAUGAUGAUAUUCCAGGAGGUCGCCGUUUUAUCUGGUGGUCUAGAAAGGGUAAAGAUUAUACGUAUCUCUACGGGAAUGGUUUUGAGGAUGACAAUUCAGCACUGACAAGGCAUAUGAAGAACGCGUUCGAUCCAAGAGUAAGUAGUAUUAUAUUAGACGGCGAGAUGAUCACAUGGGAUCCUGUUACGAAUAAGAUGGUGGCAUUUGGCACUCUGAAAACUGCCGCAAUAUCAGGAGGAAAGGAUCCAUUCUCUGCUACAGCGGCUAGGCCCGUCUUCAAAGUCUUCGACUGCUUAUCAGAACAGGUAGAUGUUUCCCUCUCCUCGUGUAAACAACGAACACAUACUAACCACAAGAUAGGAGCAAACCCCAUGAAAUGUUUUUCAUUCUUCAAAGUAGGUGGUGGAUUCAACGCAGAUGACUAUGCCGCCAUCCGCCAUCAAACCGAUGGAAAAUGGAUAAAAUGGGACGCCAAAUCCCCACCAACCGAAUUUAUAGAAUUAGCAGGCUCACAUCAAGAAAAAGAACGCCCAGAUGUCUGGAUCAAACCAGAUGAUUCUAUCGUCAUGGAAGUCAAAGCUGCAUCAGUUAGCAUAUCAGAUUCCUUUCGCACCAAUUUCACACUUCGCUUUCCGCGCUUUAAACGUUUGCGUCCGGAUAAAGAUUGGAAGAGCGCUCUUUCAAUCGAGGGAUUCAUGGAAUUAAAAGCGAAGGUUGAGGAGGGGGAAGAUGAUGAAUUUCAAGUUGAUAAGAAAAAGAGAAAUUCUAAGAGACUGAAGAGAGACAAAGUUAUCGCGGGUACUGAAGACGAUGGCAAAGUAUUGUAUGAGGGACCUACCACAGGCGUGUUUGAGGGCAUGGACUUUUGUAUCUUGAGCGAUAUGAUUCUACCAGUCAAGAAAAGCAAGGCGGAACUAGAAACGAUUAUUAAGAAUAACGGCGGUCGAAUCUAUCAAUCACCUAGCGCGAAAGAAGAUAUCAUAGUCAUUGCCGACAAACGCGUCGUCAAAGUCGCCUCGCUAAUCAAAAGCGGGAAAAUAAAUAUCGUGAAACCACAAUGGGUAUUACAUGCAGUUGCGCAGAUGGAAAUAGAUGCGAAAUUGGGAAGAUCUAGAUUCGUCAUCCCGUAUGAGACGGGCCAUAUGCUUUUUACGAGGGAAGAGAAUAAGGAGAGUAUUGCGGCAAAUUCAGAUCAAUAUGGAGAUCCUUAUUGCCGGGAUGUGGGGCCGGAAGAGUUAAGGGGUAUUAUGGAUGGGAUGGAUCUUAACAUCGAUAUUAGGAUCGCGAUGAACCACUUCCAAUUCGCAUGCGGUGUGUUUUUGCACGGAGAAGAUGGAGAUACACACGUUCAGAAGGAGGAUGUUACGCAUAUAAUCUUUGGGGAUGUUUCGUCGGAGAGGAUUCGGGAAACCAAAAGGGAAUUGAGCGGGAGGACACCGCAUCUCGUGAGCUGGAAAUGGAUCCGAGAUUCUUGGGAUACAGAGACGAGGCUGGAUGAAAAUGGUUAUUUGGUGGAACUAUGA